AUGGCAAUCUGCUGUCGCAGCGUUUCGCGGUUGGCGCUGAGAAUCCAACCCUUCUGUGCUGCCAGGAGCGACACUGCGCCGUGGACCCCCAGCAGAUGCAUACCGAGUAGAAGCGCAGCACACAACAGGCGAUCAUCUGCCGAGCGCUUGCUGCCACAGAGACAGCAGCACUGCUGCAGCAGCAUACGCUGGACCGGUUCCUUUGCGGCUCAUGUCGCUUCGCAGCAUCGGGAGUACCUUGUUGCCAAGGAGACAGCCUGGUGCUGGAAAAAAAGCCAUACAGCUACAGCAUCUGCUGCGCGAUUCACCACAAGCACAGUGUCAGCGAAGGCUGGUCGUGAGCUGCUUUUGGAUGAGCCGCAGAGGCUCGUAUUAGAGCGUGUUGCCCAACUGCUUCAGCAGCCAAAAAAUGCGCACAAGCAUCAUGCUGUCCUCGAGGGUCUCCUUCCGCCUGCCCUGAUGAUGGCUUUGACACGAUUUCUAGCAUUAAGGGAUGACGCGAAAACUCUGCGGGCGUUACUCAUGGAGCAACAGCAGCAGCAGAACCCUAGCAGCAACGCCACCUGCAGCCUCGAGGAGGGAGAAGAUGUAGAUUUGCUGGAUCUGCAAUUGCAGGAAGGUGCUGUUGUUGCCGAGAUAUCUGAUUUGCUGCUACAGCAUGCUGAAGUGCUUGCAGCAGUGGCAGAGGGACGAACCAGCGCCCGGAAUAAGCAUAAGCGCUCCGAGGCCUCGACGGAUGAGGCCAUGCUAGAGGUUUUAGCAGGGGUUGGAGGCGAAGAGGCCGCUCAGUUUGCGUCCGAGCUGUUUGGAAUGUAUGGAGCUCUUGCCGAACGCCAGGGGUGGCGCUUCGAUGUCUUGGAGAGAAACAAGAGCGCGGAGGGCUGCGGCCUGAAAAAUGCAAAAGCCCUUGUUUCAGGUCAUGGAGUCGGUGUAUUGCUUGUUUUAGAGGCUGGAGUUCAUCGUGUGCAGCGUGUACCAUCGACGGACGCCAAAAGGCGGCUUCAAACGUCUACUGCUGCAGUUACUGUGCUUCCCUGUGUGUCCGAGGUUGAGGUGGAUAUGAGUCCUAGUAGUCUCCGCAUUGAGAGCAUGCGAGCAAGUGGACCAGGCGGUCAGAGCGUUAACAAGAGCGAAACAGCCGUCCGAGUGACACAUCUCCCCACAGGGCUCUCCGUGUGUAUGAAGGACACCUCCAGUCAAGUGGAAAACCGCCAGCGGGCAUUACUUCUCCUACGGCACCUGCUGCAGCAGCGCGUGCAACAGCAACAGCGGCAGGAGCUACAUGCUGCAGCAGGGGCCCAGAUGGGCGGCAAAUAUCGCAGCGAAAAGAUCAGGACAUACAACUUUCCGUCUGAUUGCGUACGCGACCACAGGAUAUCUCAGCAUGUUGCCAACGUCAGGGAGUUCCUUGGCAGCGCAGAUGGACUUCCUCAGCUGUUAAAUGAACUUUACAUGCAGCACCAGAAAGUCGUGCUAAACGAAACGCUUCAGGCCAUACAGAGCAUUGUGGAGCAACGCUAA